UUCUGAAUUUGAUUGAUGUAGGCUACGUUUUAACCAUCGACUGGCUAAUCCUGUUGAAUGACGAACGGUUAAGCCAAUUGGUAUGAAGGCAAUUUAUGUUCGCAUAGUAGGCUUUAUAUAUUCAAGAAACAUAAAAGACGCUAUACUGACAGGCAUUCUAGACGGCAUAAUCUUAGGAAGAAGUGCGGGGAAAUUCAUCUUUGAUUUUGGUGUCUUUGGAGAAUUUUUUUUUCUCAGAUCUGACUGAUCGUGACCGAAGUCAUGCAAAUGUUAUGCCACGCGCGAACGACAAUGUUUCGAUGGGGUUUGUUUGGAAAUAUUAUUUUCUCCAACUGCUUCUAGAGGGGUAUCACGGGGACAACUCGAGGUUGAUCACAAAUUCAGCACCUGGACAGCUCCUUUCUGAGGUCUAUAUUCGGCAGCAGGAGUCCCUGCUGCGCUCGCGGGGGAAACCCUCAGUAGCGAAUCCGGAGCAGAGUGCACACAACGUUCUACUCCACGCGCAAGGAUGCAGUUAGCUGGUUAUUUGGUCAGUCAGAGACACUUCAUUCGAUCUUGCUGAAUGACGAUGCUUACAUUUAGUCUCCAGUACUCUCGUUUUGCAUUGGAUUCUAAGCAGCAUCUGAAGCGGCAUCAGCAGGGGUGCUUUUCAAGAGAGAAAGUGCUAAAGCUAGCAGCCCACACAUUGCGAGGCUGGUGCUUCACUUACGCUGAUCAUCACCGAGGGAGACAUCAUAAGCACGGGACAACGGGAGGCACGAUUAGACUGUCAACAAUGUAAAUCAAGACAGGUUCAACAUGAGAGCAGUGUGUAUCAGGUGUGGCGAAGACAGGAUCUAGAAAAGGUGGAACAGAGUGGAAACCGUGCAUAGACAAACUCUUCUCUCCUCUCACCAUCACCCACAAACAUGGCAAACCCUGGGGAGGAGGAGCACCCUGGCCUGUCAGACCUGGAGAUCAUCUCCCAGCCUGGGGAAGAGGACAACCCCUGCCUGGCACCUGUACAGCUGGUCAGCUUCGGCUACCGUGACCUGCCCCUGGCCGCUCUGGACCUCUCGCUGGCCGGUUCCCAACUCCUCUCCAACCUGGACGAGGACGACAAUCGGGAAGGGUCUAACUGGUUGAAGCCGUGCUGUGGUCGACGGGUAGCCCUGUGGCAGGUGUGUCUGCUCAGUGCUGGCUUCAACUGCUUACUGGUGGCCUGUGUCAUCCUGGUGGUGCUCUUCCUUACCCUGGAACUCCUCAUCGACACCAAGCUGCUACAAUUUGCCAAUGCGUUCCAGUUUGCCAGCAUCAUGCAUUGGAUCAGCCUUAUCAUCCUGUCUCUCUUCUUCUCUGAGACUGUUUUCAGAAUUGUUGUCCUUGGGAUCUGGGACUACAUCGAAAAUAAAGUUGAGGUGUUUGAUGGUGCCGUCAUCGUGCUGUCCUUGGCCCCCAUGGUGGCCUCCACCGUGGCCAACGGCCCCAGCAGCCCCUGGGACGCCAUCAGUCUCAUCAUCACCCUGCGUAUCUGGAGGGUCAAGAGAAUCAUUGACGCCUAUGUCCUGCAGGUGAAGGUGGAGAUGGAGCUGGAGAUCCAGCAGUGCGAGAAGACCAAGGCCAUGAGGGAGGAGCAGCUGGAGCGCCUCACUCAGAUCUGCCAGGAACAGGCCUUUGAGAUCAGGCAGCUCAGGGCACAUCUGGCCCAGCAGGACCUGGACCUGGCUGCGGAGCGGGAGGCGGCCAUGCAGAUCCACCACGUGUGGGGCAAGCAGAGCAGCAGCUUCCAGGUGCUGGAGGGCCUGGGCCCAGGGGAGUCUGACGAUGAGGGCCAGGGGGGCCGGCAGGGGGGCCGGCAGGGGAACCACAGGGAGCCCCGUGCCCCCACAGAUACAGUUGUACGAGAUGAUAUGAACAACUAUAUCAGCCAGUAUUACAGCGAGCCAAGCAGUGACGGGGGUGCUUCAGCAGGUGGCAUUAGGGUGAUCACCACAGCGGCCAUCGACGUCCACCUCCCCACUAACCCCAACCCCGGCCACUCCAACCCUCUGCUCUGUGUUGAAAGAGUGGGCAGCGCCUUGAGUGACACAUCCACCAGCGUAUCGCGGUCCAGCGGCAGCCUGACAGCCCGCCCCCACAGCCUGAGCAGCCACACCCUAGGGUCGUCCUCCACAGACUGCAGCAGCAGCACAGCCAGGGAGCUCUGCCUGGACUACAACUCCCAGCACUGCUGUGUCCCCCAGUCCUACUGCAGCUCUCUCGGGGGCCCUACCCAGCAGCUGCCGUCGUCUGGCCCACCUCGCCGGGACCCCAGCGUGGUGGUGCAGGAGCUGCUGUGCUCCCUGUCGGAGGACUCCUGUCUGGCCCAGAAGGGUCUGCCUGUGGACCCGGUCAACCUGAAGCUGCCCAGUCCUGCAGGCUCCACCAAGGCUAGUCCCGAGCUGGAGCACAGGGUCAACAUCUACAACAGGAGGAACCAGGAGGAGGGCCGGGGCCGGGGCCGGGGCUGUGUGUUUCUCCAGACUAAGCCUCUCAUCCACCUGCAUGGCAGCAGCACUGAACCGUCUCUGGAGGAGAAGUACAGGCUCCGGGCCCCGGCCGACACACCCCUGAGCCGCAUGCCCGACACAUAGUCCGCCCAGAGUGGGCAAGGAGCACAGACAGACAACCUGUUCCUCCUCAGACAGUUGUAACUGAUCCCUAACUUCUAAAUCCUCCAUGAGUAAGGCAGGAACGAGACACUCGAAACGUGCUCGUGCUCUGCUAACCCUUCUGUCGAUCGGCAGAUCAAGCCUGCCUUCUUCCUCAUUGGGGAUCCCUUGGUUGCUAGCCAUGCACCAUGAUUGCACAACAUCAACCCUGUGAGAAAGGGACUAAUGCAAGCCUAGACACCACCGUCAUCAGGAAAUCCUCUACUAAAUGGGUCUCAAUUGUGAGAUUAAACCAGCAAGGGGACAUAUUCAAGCCUAUAGAGAACAAACUUCAAGAACAGUGUUACUUCCUUAUGUAUGAUUCUGCUUUCACAUGGUGAAAGCAGUGUUUAGAUUUUUUUGUUUGUUUAAGAUAUGGUAUCUGUGCCAGUCUCUCUGUUCUUACAGCCACAGGGUACACUGAAUGACCAUUGCCAACAGCCAAUUUCUUACCUUUGUCUAUAUAUAACUGAGAUAAAGAUAUUUGUAUUGAAACUGAAGAUUAGGAUAGCAAGUGUGACGUUUUUGGAUUGAAUAAAAGCCUAAUUGAGGCAUUAAAAUAAAUUAAUUGUGAAGUUAAUGCAGGUUGGAGGUGGGGAAACAUGGAGAGUGAACCUACACAACGAUCUGGGCCACCAACAUGGCAAGUCAAUUCUGUGCACUUUCAUGUUUACACGUUUUUGUAAACUUAAAAUGAGAGAACUCAUUGUCAACUGUUACUGUCAACAAUAAAAG